GUCAUCUGGCCCUGCUUACCAAAGAAUGGGCGCUAACUUGAUGUGUGCAAGCGGAGAAUGGUGAUCAAGCGCAGGUCGGUGGAAGAGGCAACCCAUGAAGUAGACCCAGUAACUGGGGUGCUGCUUGUACUCCUUUUUUCGAACAUUUUCGCUCGACGACCAAGAAUGUCAACAUUUCGAAAAAAAAGAGUACAACGCCCCAGUUACUGACCAGAGGAAGAUUUCUUCCUCCCUGGUCUACCCAUGAAGUUGGGCCCUGAUUGUGCGGGCUUCCGACGGUCCAUGUGCCUUAUUUGCCCAGCUCCCUCUCUAACCCGUUAAAAAACUUUCAAUUAAACAAACAUAGGCCUAUCAUAAUUUUUGCAAUUUUUGUUGAAACCAAAGUCAUCACUCCUAGUGCCUUUUAUUAUGCUAAAAUCUAACGCCGUUCUCGUAUAAGCCAAAACAAAACAAAAUAGAACUGCAGUUACCACAGGAAAAAAAAUGUGCAUCCACUCGAAAGAACUCCCGAGGAACUUAAACCAAGAAAAUAAUGGAAAUGUUGAAGGAAAUCCCCAAAUCAUCCUAAUGAAAUUGUGAACCUCUGACCAUGGAGGUAGACUGAGCAAUCUAUUCCUCAAUGGUCGAUAUUCAGACUCUGAAAUCCACCUGCAAAAAAAGAAUGGGACACUUUGGGCCUGCUAAUCCUGCUCACCCUCUUGCAAUCUUAAAUCCUAUAAUAAACGGUUUUGUUUUGAGGCAAAUCAAAGGCAAACUAGUGGAAUUGCAAAACAGAUGGCUCUCAUGCCCUUUUUUUAUUGUGCAUAAAAUAUAAAAGCGCACUGAUUGACAAUAGCGCCCUCUGUUGUCGGUUGGAUUCAAUCUUGGAAAAGCAAGAAAAAGAUGAAGGGAAACAGCUAGGCGUAGGCGUGAGAGAGGAUCUUCUCUAAACAAACAAAUAACGACAAAAUUGUUGUAAACAUGCAGCAGAAUUGAUUGACCAAUUGAAUCUCAUUAAACCGUGUAACCAUGGCAGCUACUUGGAGCAAGAAACAGAAAGCAUUUCUACUCCUCCUGGCGGUGUUUCUUAUGUUGACAAUUGUUGGCCGGUUGUCGUACUCAAAGCAAUUUCAUGGAUUGCUGUGUGCAGCAAGAACCUUUCAUCAUUUCGUCACUAGCGACACAAAUGGGCCAGUUAUACCCAAUGAGAACGAGGACGGAGUAACUUUCUGGACGGAAAAUGGCAAGCCGAAGAAAAGCAUGCCCAGGAAAAUUAGUGGUGCGAAAGCAGAAAAUAUACAGCGGCAAAUCAAAAUGAAAAAGGCAUCGAAACCCCCUAAACCAUCAAAAGAGAUACGCAUAGAGCUUGCCACCGGUGGAAAAGCGCAAAGACUACCACAGGCGAUCAUUAUAGGCGUCCGGAAAUGCGGUACGAGAGCGCUCUUAGAAAUGCUUGAGACCCAUCCACAGAUUGCAGCAUGUGGACCCGAAGUCCACUUCUUCGACAAAAACUAUAAGAAAGGUCUGCAAUGGUAUCAAAACCAGAUGAAGCCGUCAACUCCUGACCAAAUCACCAUCGAGAAAACUCCUGGCUACAUUAUUGCGCCAGAAGUUCCUGAGCUGGUUUACAAAAUGAACAAAAACACUAAAUUACUUGUGAUCGUCCGAGAGCCAACAACUCGUGUUAUUUCAGACUAUACUCAACUGAAAGAGAAAUCCACUUCAUGGCUGAGUAAGGCAACAUUUGAGAGUGCUGUACUUGACGGCAAUCAAAUAAGAUCCUCUUAUAAAGCAGUACAGAUCAGCAUUUACGUUAAGCAUGUCCUGAACUGGCUAAAGUAUUUCCCGCUAAGUCAAAUGCACUUCGUAGACGGAGAUAAACUAAUAAGCAACCCGCUUCCAGAGUUGAAAGCGGUGGAGAAGUUUCUCGGAAUGAGAGAUGUCAUCUCAUCGGACAUGAUAUACUUCAAUGCCACGCGUGGUUUCUACUGCAUGGCUUCCGAGUUUAACACUAAAUGUUUGAACUCCAAUAAGGGGCGGGAGCAUCCUUACGUCUCCCCUGAACUUAUGAAGAAGCUUCAGGAUUAUUUCCGGCCUUACAAUGAAAAGUUUUUCAAGACAAUUAAUCAGCGUUUUGACUGGCCUUAGAAUGACCAAUUAGAGCAAGUUUGAGUGUGCAUCAUGGUGAACUAAAGUAGGCCAGCAGCCGAUUUCACAAAACUUUACGCAACUGCGUAUGUCCACUUGCGCAACGUUUAUGGCGCAAAGGUUCCGAAGUGGACUUGCGCAGUGGUGUUUUGUGAAAUUGGUUGCUGAUACUUGAGGCGAUUGCCUCCAUGCCCCCUGGUCAUUGCUUUGGUGCCCU